AUGGCCCUUUGUAUGCACAGAGAGAGCAACAGCAAGCAGCAGCAAAUGGAUGCUAGCAAGUAUGUGAGAUACACACCGGAGCAAGUGGAGGCGCUGGAGAGGGUUUACGCAGAAUGCCCGAAGCCUAGUUCUUUGAGGAGGCAACAGCUCAUUCGGGAGUGUCCCAUUCUUUCUAACAUUGAACCUAAACAAAUCAAAGUCUGGUUCCAGAACCGCAGAUGCCGCGAAAAGCAGAGGAAGGAAGCAUCUCGUCUCCAGACUGUUAACAGAAAGCUUUCGGCUAUGAACAAGCUGCUGAUGGAAGAGAAUGAUCGCCUACAGAAGCAGGUCUCACAUUUGGUUUAUGACAAUGGUUGCAUGCGUCAACAGCUGCACACUGUUAGCACAACAACCACUGAUACCAGCUGUGAGUCUGUGGUAGUAAGUGGUCAAAAACAACAGCUAAACCCAACACUUCAGCGUCCUCAGAGGGAUGCUAAUAGCCCAGCUGGUCUUCUCGCAAUAGCUGAGGAGACCCUGGCAGAGUUCCUUGGAAAGGCUACUGGAACUGCUGUCAACUGGGUUCAGAUGAUUGGGAUGAAGCCUGGUCCAGAUUCUAUUGGCAUCAUUGCUGUUUCCCGUAAUAGUAGCGGAGUAGCAGCACGAGCCUGCGGCCUCGUGAGUCUUGAACCCAUGAAGGUUGCUGAAAUUCUCAAAGAUCGUCCUUCUUGGUACCGUGACUGCCGUUGCCUUGAUGUAGCUAGCAUAAUCCCUACAGGAAAUGGGGGGACGAUAGAGCUCAUUUAUAUGCAGACUUAUGCACCGACAACUUUAGCAGCGGCUCGCGACUUUUGGACUCUGAGAUACACUACCAGUUUGGAAGAUGGCAGUCUUGUGAUUUGUGAAAGGUCAUUAACAUCUUCCACAGGUGGUCCAAAUGGACCUCCUGCUGCUUGCUUUGUGAGAGCUGAAAUGCUGCCCAGUGGUUACCUUAUACGCCCUUGCGAGGGUGGGGGCUCAAUCAUCCAUAUUGUUGAUCACAUUGAUUUGGAUGCGUGGAGUGUUCCUGAAGUUUUAAGGCCACUUUAUGAAUCCUCCAAAAUCCUUGCACAGAAGAUGACUAUGGCUGCCUUGCGGCACAUUAGGCAAAUUGCUCAGGAGACUAAUGGAGAGAUCCAGUGCACUGGUGGUCGCGAACCUGCCGUUCUUAGAACAUUGAGUCAAAGAUUGUGCAGGGGUUUUAAUGAUGCUGUCAAUGGAUUUACCGAUGAUGGUUGGUCUAUAAUGGGCAGCGAUGGGGGGGAAGAUGUUACAAUUGCCAUAAACUUGUCCCCCAGCAAAUUUCUUGGUUCACAGUUUAACACUUUAUGCAUGCUCCCAACUUUUGGGGGAGUCCUCUGCGCACGGGCAUCAAUGUUGCUCCAGAAUGUGCCCCCCGCUCUGCUUGUUCGUUUUCUGAGGGAGCAUCGCUCGGAGUGGGCUGAUUAUGGUGUUGAUGUUUACUCUGCUGCUUCUCUUAAAGCUAGUCCUUAUGCAGUCCCUUGUGCAAAGCCUGGUGCGAUUCCGAGUAGUCAUGUUACUUUACCUCUUGCACAGACUGUGGAACAUGAGGAGUUCCUGGAGGUUGUUCGUUUGGAGGGUCAUGCCUUCUCUCCGGAGGAUAUAGCUUUGUCUAGAGAUAUGUACUUGUUACAGCUAUGCAGUGGGGUUGAUGAAACAAAUACUGGUGCCUGUGCCCAGCUCGUCUUUGCCCCUAUAGAUGAAUCAUUUGGUGAUGAUGCUCAUAUGCUCCCUUCCGGAUUCCGUGUUAUACCUUUGGAUCCUAAAUCAGAUGAGCCAGCAGCAACUCGGACAUUGGACUUGGCUUCCGCUCUUGAGGUCAGACACAGUGGAGGUCGUCCACCUGGUGAAGUCGAUACAAGUAAUCAGAAUCUUAGGUCUGUUUUGACCAUUGCUUUCCAGUUCACUUUUGAAAAUCACUAUCAAGACAGUGUAGCUGCUAUGGCCCGUCAAUAUGUACGUAGUAUAGUGGCCUCAGUCCAAAGAGUUGCAAUGGCAAUUGCACCAUCUCGACUUAGCUCCCACAUGGUACCUAAGCCACUUCCAGGUUCUCCUGAGGCUGUGACAUUGGCACGUUGGAUUUGCAGGAGCUAUAGGGCGCACACUGGGGGAGAGCUCCUUCGAGCUGAUUCACAAGGCGGUGAUGCAGUUCUGAAACAACUUUGGCACCAUGCUGAUGCUAUUAUGUGCUGCUCCAUCAAGACGAAUGCAUCAGCAGUUUUUACAUUUGCAAACCAAGCAGGCCUCGACAUGAUGGAAACGACUCUGGUGGCCCUUCAGGAUAUAAUGCUUGAGAAGAUCCUAGAUGAAGCGGGUCGUAAAAUUCUCCUUUCUGAGUUUUCCAAGAUCAUGCAGCAGGGCUUCGCCUAUUUGCCCGCAGGAGUGUGUGUUUCGAGCAUGGGCCGGCCGGUCUCUUAUGAACAAGCUGUUGCAUGGAAGGUUCUCAACGACGAAGACUCCAAUCACUGCCUGGCUUUCAUGUUUAUGAACUGGUCUUUUGUGUAACAAAAUAGAAGUAACUAGUCAUCCGACUGUUGCACUAGUUGCAGGCCAGGAUCUUAACUUUAUUGUACGCUAUUUUGAACCUUAAUUAUGAGAUGCCUACUAUGUAACAACUCUAUGAAUCAAAGCAUCCUGUUUAUGUAAUUUGUCUCCACAUCUGAAUCUUUAAGUGAUAUAUUUGUGUUCGAUUCUGGUAUGUGAACCUCAAAUCUGCAGCAGCA